CCGGCCGGCAAUAAACUCAUCACUCAUUAUACGAGUUACUACUAGAUAAAUAACUUUGAUUCCGAGCAAGCAUUAUAUUAUAUAUUGGGAGUUGGAAUCGAAAGACCUAAUUAAGUGGUAUACAUCGAUCAAUCACAUUGUCCGGCCAGCCCUCAUGGCUCACUCGUCAAACCAGGACGACGACCUAUUCACCUGUGGAAUUUGUUACGACGAGAAGAGUAGAACCCGGCAGCAGCUAAAACUCCAGGGCUGCGCCCAUUCCUACUGCUCCGAUUGCGUGUGCAUGUACGUCGAUGCGAAGCUGCAAGACAAUAUGUCGCACAUCCGGUGCCCUGUUCCUGGAUGCCAGGGCUGUCUGGACCCUCUCCGAUGCCGCCCGCUUUUGGCCAAGCCGGUAUUUGAUCGGUGGGGAGAUGCGCUGUGCGAGGCGGUGAUUGAGGCGUCAGACAAGUUCUACUGCCCUUUCAGGGAUUGCUCUGCCCUCUUGCUGGAUGAUGAGAAAGCGGAGAUCCAAGAGUCGGAGUGUCCGGAGUGCAGGAGACUCUUUUGCGCCAGGUGUAGGGUUCCGUGGCAUUCUGACAUAUCUUGCCAGGACUUUCAGAGCUUGAACGAGACUGAUAGGCAAGGGGAGGAUCUGGAGUUGAUCAAGUUUGCGCGGGGGAAGGACUGGAAGCGGUGCCCUAGUUGCAGGAUCUUUGUUGACAGAAUUUCCGGAUGUGAUUUCUUGUCUUGCAGGUGUGGAUGUGCCUUCUGCUACAAGUGUGGAGCUCCGGCAGCAAAUCACAUAUGCUCUAAUUGCGGCAGCCCGUUCAUCCCCUCGCAGACUGGAUUUGGAGCCAUGGAAAAGCGUCAGAAGCCCCUCUUGAAUCCCGAUUCGUGCAGAGCAGUCCCCUACCAAUCCAAAUGGUUUUCCCUCUGUCCGCUUCUUUGAAUCGGGAAUUGACACCUCUAAUAGUGUAGAAUUAAUUAAGUAUUAAUUAUUAGGUAGUUUCCUAAUUGUACUCAGAUACUUAUUUCUUAUAUAUAUACUGUCAGGGCUACCAGUGUAGGUAAGCCUGUUAUUAUUUCUCA